CAGAAUGAAACACAAGCAAAAAUAGGCACUAGAGAAACCAAUACGAAAGUGCAGCCUUUUUAAACAGUAUACUUUAAAUUCAACAAAUUGUCCCACGCCUUUGUUAUGCGUAAUGUAUUUUGUGCUAUUCAGCCCACCCACAGGCCAUAGCCAUAUAUAUCGAUCACUAUCACAUGAAAUAAGACUCAAAAGCAAUUACCUUUCCUUUAACAUCACCUUUUAUUUAUAAGGAAGAAUAACCACAUAGAUUUCUCAUUCUCAUUCAACUUCAUCCUAUUAGUUUCUUAGUAGCAAUCGACGACCUUUUGGUUGUUAAAAGCUUCAUUCUUGAUUUCAAGCAGAACUAAUUAUAGUUAUGGCAUCAUCUUCUUUUGCUCUUCCUUCUCUUAAGCUACAAUUCCCCCCACAUAAAUCAUCAUCAUCAUCUCGUAACAAGUACUCAUCCUCUCUUCGGCCUAUUAAAUCUUCGGUGUCUGAAAAGCCACCUUACAUUUCGUCUCCAGGGACUUCUCCGAUCCAAUCUAAACCUACAAAACUCCCGAUCCGAAAAGUCCCUGGAGACUACGGGCUACCAUUAGUCGGUCCGUGGAAGGACCGACUUGAUUUCUUUUACAAUCAAGGUAGAGAUGAGUUUUUCAAAUCUCGAAUUCAGAAACAUCAGUCUACUGUUUUUCGAACCAACAUGCCACCUGGUCCUUUCAUUUCCUUCAAUCCCAACGUUGUCGUUUUGCUGGACGGCAAAAGUUUCCCCACCCUUUUUGAUACUUCUAAAGUCGAGAAAAAAGAUCUUUUCACCGGCACUUUUAUGCCUUCUACUGAGCUUACUGGUGGUUACCGUGUUCUCUCCUAUCUUGAUCCUUCUGAACCAAAUCAUGCCAAAUUAAAGAAACUCAUGUUCUUUCUCCUUUCAUCUCGACGCAAUGAAGUAAUCCCAGAAUUUCACAACAGCUAUUCCGAGCUUUUUGAGACACUAGAAAAUGACUUAGCCACUAAAGGAAAAGCUGGGUUAAACGCAGCAAAUGAUCAAGCAGCAUUUAACUUUCUUGCUCGAUCUUUUUACGGAGUUAAUCCGUUAGACACCAAUCUUGGAGCUGAUGGACCUAAGUUAAUUGGCAAAUGGGUGUUGUUUCAGCUUCAUCCUUUGCUAAUUCUUGGCCUUCCUAAAGUUCUUGAAGAUCUUGUCCUUCAUACUUUUAGGCUGCCUUCUGCUUUAGUGAAAAAAGACUACCAAAGAUUGUACAAUUUCUUCUACGACAACUCAACUUCCAUUCUUGAUGAAGCUGAAAGAACUGGUAUUUCACGUGAGGAAGCUUGUCACAAUUUGCUAUUUGCAACGUGUUUCAAUUCUUUUGGAGGGAUGAAAAUAUUUUUUCCCAAUAUGUUGAAAUGGAUUGGUCGAGCUGGGGUUAAACUCCACACUCAAUUAGCUCAAGAGAUUCGGUCAGGCAUUAAAUCAAACGGUGGAAAGAUCACAAUGGGUGCAAUGGAAAACAUGCCAUUAAUGAAAUCUGUAGUUUAUGAAUCCCUACGUAUUGAACCGCCAGUGACAUCACAAUACGGCAGAGCAAAACGUGAUAUGGUGAUUGAAUCCCACGACGGAGCAUUUGAGAUUAAAGAAGGUGAGUUACUAUAUGGGUUUCAACCAUUUGCAACUAAGGACCCGAAAAUUUUUGACCGGUCUGAAGAGUUUGUAGCGGACCGGUUUAUUGGAGAAGAAGGGGAGAAGUUAUUGAAACAUGUGUUGUGGUCUAAUGGACCGGAAAAUGAAAGCCCGUCAAUAAAUAACAAGCAGUGUGUAGGAAAAGAUUUUGUGGUUUUGGUUUCAAGGUUGUUGUUGGUUGAAUUGUUCAUGAGAUAUGACUCGUUUGAGAUUGAGGUUGGUGCUUCUCCUUUAGGUGCUUCUAUUACCUUAACGUCUUUGAAAAGAGCCAGCUUUUGAUCGGACAAAGUUACCUAGUAUUUAUGCGGGUAAAAGGUACUAUCAGAUAUUCAAUGAAAUUAGUUGAGACGCACAAGUUAUCGGACAAAGUUAUUUCAUAUUUGUGCUGAAAAAGCAUAUAUCCAAUUAACUUUAGUAAAUAUGUUUGUACUAGUAUUACAUAAUUUUCUAUUGGGGUUUAGAAGCCAUCCUUUUCAGGUUCUUUAAUGGAUAGGUAACCAAUUUGAAUUGGUUGUGAGUGUAGGUGGGGACAGCUUAUGUGUUUCAUUUAAUGUCCCACUAUGAAUAAGUUGUAUAGUGUAUUUAAUUUUGGGACUUUUUGUGGUUUUGUUAGAAAUUGGAAUAUAUAUAACCAUUUUGCUAUUGUCAAUA